AUGACCGACCAGGAACUAGAGGAAUAUAUCCUCGUUCACGACGCAGCAACAGCUCUAUGCGCCACGGAAGCGCCAGAAGAAGAACACAAAAUACCAGCGGAAUAUACGGAAUUCAAGACGUGUUCACGCCACCAAGGGAUAGUAAGCUACCAGAGCAUAGUCCGUUCGACCAUGAUAAAGAUCAAGGACGGCGAGGAACCAAAGUUCAUACCGAUCUACCCACUAUCGCAGAAAGAGUCAGCGACACUAGAAGAAUACAUCAAGGAUAACCUUAAGAAGGGGAACAUUCAACACUCGAAAUCUUCAGCAGGAUAUCCAAUCCUGUUUGUACCGAAGAAAGGAGGGGAACUCAGAAUGUGCGUUGACUACCGACAGCUCAACGACAUUACGAUCAAGGACCGGCACCCGUUGCCGUUAAUCAACGAAAUCCAAGACAUCAUUCAAGGAGCGAAAUAUUUCAGCAAAACCAAAUACGGGCACUACGAGUACAAGGUUAUGCCGUUUGGUCUUACCAACGCACCCGCAUCAUUUCAACGGUUCAUCUUCCAUAUUCUACAAGGAUACCUCGACAAGUUCGUGAUCGCAUACCUCGACGAUAUCCUAGUAUUCUCCAAAACCGAGGAAGAACACAUCGAGCACAACAGGAAAGUACUACAACGACUCAGGGAAGCAGAGGUGACGCUCAAACUCAAGAAAUGCGAGUUUCAUAUCCAACAGACAAUCUCGCAAGAUGAUACCCGCGGAAACAACUACGACGUACACGACAAGGAACUGCUAGCCAUAGUAUCAGCAUUUCAGACGUGGAGAGCCUACUUGGAAGGGGCCAAGCACACAGCGGAGACCUUAGCCCAAUACGACUUCAAGAUCGUGCACUAUAAAGGGACCGAAAACACGGUCGCGGACGCGCUUAGUCGACGACCCGACUAUGAACUAGGUACCAAGGAGGCAGCACCAGCAAUCUUGGCAAACGAUAACGAAGGAAACAUCGUCUACAAUCACCAGACGCUCGCAGCGACUAGCGAGGUCCAGAACGACGAAUAG